CACCCCACCCCUCGCCCAAUCCCUUCCAACUAGAUAAUUCUCUUUGAGUUGAAUGAGUGGAGAAUGGACACCAACUGAAAGCUGCGAUUCAAAGGCAAUACAUUGAGAAAAGCAGCAUCCACGGGCAACACAAUCCCACCGGCCGCCACGGAAAAGAUGCAAGAAUGAGUCAACCUCAGCCGAAUGAGUUCCUUCCUCCCCCGGAGUGUCCUGUCUUUGAGCCCAGCUGGGAGGAAUUCGCUGACCCUUUUGCCUACAUUAACAAAAUACGGCCCAUUGCCGAGAAAACUGGCAUCUGCAAAGUCCGACCUCCGCCGGAAUGGCAACCUCCAUUUGCUUGUGAUGUUGACCGAUUGAAGUUCACACCGCGCAUUCAAAGGCUCAAUGAGUUGGAGGCUCAGACCAGAGUGAAACUGAACUUCCUGGAUCAAAUAGCAAAGUUUUGGGAGCUUCAAGGCUGCACCCUGAAAAUUCCCCAUGUGGAAAGAAAGAUUCUAGAUCUGUACCAGCUCAACAAGCUGGUGAAUGAGGAGGGAGGCUUCGAUGCCGUGUGCCGAGACCGCCGCUGGACUAAAAUCUCCAUCAAGAUGGGCUUUGCGUCAGGCAAGGCAGUCGGCUCACACCUGCGGGCCCACUAUGAGCGGAUCCUCUAUCCUUACAACCUGUUCCAGACUGGAGACAAUCUGCCAAGAGCCACCUUGACCAACGACACUAAAGACAAGGAGUACACCCCACAUGACCUGCCGCAGCGCCAGUCCGUGCAGCCCCAGGAGAUCUGCAGCAUAGCUCGCCGUGCAAAACGGAUGCGAUCUGAAAGAGGCUGUGGUAAAAGUGAACUCAGGGAAGUUUGUGAGAAUCGCCCCAAUCUCAGGAGGAGAAUGGGAACGUAUGUUGCCAAGCCAGAGCCUGUGAGAAUGGCCGUGAAAGAGGAGCUGGUUGAACAUAAAGUUGCUGUAAUUUGUGAAGAAAGUGUGUUACAUACCACAAACGAUGGUACAACAAGUAAAACUUGUUUGUUUACGCAGGUGGAGCAGUACAUGUGCCUGGUGUGCGCCACAGGAAGUGAUGAGGACCGCCUGUUGCUGUGUGAUGGCUGCGAUGACAGCUACCACAUCUUCUGUCUCAUACCCCCCUUACACGAGGUUCCCAAAGGAGACUGGAGAUGCCCCAAGUGCCUGGCGCAGGAAUGUGGCAAACCUCAGGUGGCGUUUGGCUUUGAGCAGGCCAGCAGGAGCUACACCCUGCAAGCCUUUGGAGACAUGGCCGAUUCCUUCAAAUCUGAUUAUUUCAACAUGCCAGUUCAUAUGGUUCCGACUGAGCUGGUAGAGAAGGAGUUUUGGCGUCUGGUCAGCACCAUCGAAGAGGACGUGACCGUAGAAUAUGGAGCGGACAUCGCCUCGAAGGAGUUCGGGAGUGGUUUCCCAGUGAAGAACAGCCAUUUUGAAGUGUCUCCAGAGGACGAGCAUUACCUGAGAAGUGGCUGGAACCUGAACAACAUGCCUGUGCUGGACUCCUCGGUGCUGACUCACAUUACAGCUGACAUCUGUGGGAUGAAGUUACCCUGGCUCUACGUGGGCAUGUGCUUCUCCUCCUUCUGCUGGCAUAUUGAGGAUCACUGGAGCUACUCCAUCAACUACCUGCACUGGGGGGAGCCUAAGACCUGGUACGGCGCCCCUGGUUAUGCUGCGGAGCACUUGGAGUCGGUCAUGAAGAAACUAGCUACUGAGCUCUUUGAAUCGCAGCCAGACCUCCUCCAUCAGCUGGUGACCAUCAUGAAUCCCAACACGCUGAUGAACAACGGCGUUCCGAUCUAUCGCACCAACCAAUGUGCAGGAGAGUUUGUCAUCACCUUCCCCAGGGCCUACCACAGUGGCUUCAACCAGGGGUUCAACUUUGCUGAAGCCGUCAACUUUUGCACCAUGGACUGGAUGCCCGUCGGGCAAGAAUGUGUGAAGCACUACCGGCAGCUCAGCAGGUACUGCGUCUUCUCCCACGACGAGAUGGUUUGCAACAUGGCGUGCAAAGCCAAACGGUUGGAUGUGGACCUGGCCUGCGCCGUGCAAAAGGAGAUGGUCGCCAUGGUGAAAGAAGAGGAGGAACUUGAAGAGAAGAUCAACAAGAUGGGGGUGGUGCGAACUCGGCAAGUGGAUUACGAGCAUCUCCCCGAUGAGGAGCGCCAGUGCUGCAAGUGUCGGACCACCUGCUACCUGUCUGGUAUCACCUGCCUCUGCAGUCCUGGCAAGAUGGUGUGCCUGCACCACGCCCGGGACCUCUGCUCCUGUCCCCUUGGCAACCUGACACUCCACUAUAAAUUUACACUGGAUGAUUUAUACUCCAUGAUGGCAUCAGUGACGCUGCGUGCAGAGUCUUACAAGGAGUGGCUGAGUACCGUGCAGGACAUCCUGGAGAAGAAAGACCACAAAAAAAGAGGUCUGGAAAAGCUUCACAGCCUGGUGGAGCAAGCGGAGACCAGCGCAUUCCCACAAACUAACCUGAUGGAUCGACUGCGCGUAGUUGCCUUAGAGGCGGACAAAGUCGCUGUGGUGGCACAGCAGCUUCUCAAUGGGAAAAGGCAAACUAGAUAUCGCUCCUGCGGGGGCAAAUCUCAAAGCCAGAAGGAGUUGACCGCGGAGGAGCUGAGGUCCUUUGUGCAACAGUUGGACAAGCUACCGUGUAACAUCCGACAGGCGCCUUUACUGAAGGACCUCCUGACUCGGGUGGAGGAGUUCCAGCAGCGCAGUGAAAGACUCCUCUCUGACGACUCUCCUAACUCCAUGGAGCUUCAGGACCUGCUGGAUCUGAGCCUGGGCCUCGACGUGGACCUCCCCCAGUUGCCGCUACUCCGGGAGAGACUGGAGCAGGCCCGCUGGCUGGAAGCUGUGCAGCAAGCCAGCAGCCAGCCGGAUGACCUGGGUCUGGACACCAUGAGGAGGCUGAUCGACCAGGGGGUGGGCCUGUCCCCUCACAGCUCGGUGGAAAGAGCCAUGGCUCGUCUGCAGGAGCUCCUGACCGUGUCCGAGCAGUGGGAGGAGCGAGUUCUUGGCCUCAUGGAAGCCAGUCCAUACCACAGCAUUGAAACACUGGAUGCUGAGUUACAAGAAAUAGAGAACAUCCCUGCCUACCUGCCUAACUGCCUGCAGCUGAAGGAUGUCGUGCUAAAGGCUAAGAAGUGGCUGCAUGAAGCUGAAGCCCUGCAGCUCGGCGGGCGUAUUCCUGUGCUGGACAGCCUCUCUGAGCUGGUACUCAGAGCGGAGGGUAUCCCAGUGAGUCUGGACCCUCUGAGUCGACUGGAGGCACUGGUCUGCGACGUGCAGAUCUGGAAGGAAAGUGCAGCCAAAACAUUCCUGCUCAAAAACUCACCCUUUUCUCUUCUAGAGGUACUGUGCCCAAGAUGUGACAUAGAAGCGGGACUUCAAAGGUCAAGAGUUAAAAAAACAAAAGAGGGAACACAGACCAGUAAGAAAUCUUCCGUCAAACUGGACUCUCUCUACGACGUGGAAAGAGCUCUCUGUGAAAGCAAAGACUCUGCUUCUGCUAUGGCCACCCUUGCUGAGGUCCACCAUAAGGAGAUGGAGACCUUGUUGGCUCUGAGGGCGUUGAAUGAGUCCAAGCUUCUUCCUGCUGAGAACUCUUGUGCACUUAACGUGUGCAUUUGCCAAAAGGCGCCCUCGGGGGCCAUGUUGCAGUGCGAGCUCUGUCGAGACGUUUUCCACAGCGUCUGCAUUGUGGCACACCCAGACUUCAAGUAUGGCCAAGUCUGGCUUUGCCCUCUUUGCCAGCGUUCAAGGAAGCCGCCCCUGGACAAGGUCCUGCCUCUCUUGGCCUCGCUGCAGAGGAUUCGGGUCCGACUGCCUGAGGGAGACGCGCUGCGCUUUCUCAUCGAGCGGACGGUGCGAUGGCAGCACAGAGUUCAGCAGGCCUGCACGGAAGGAUUGUUGGAAAAAGUGGGAAAACACGGAUCCAGAAUGUCCUGGCAUCAAGAAGAGGACUCUUUCUACACAGAGCAGCCGAGUGUUCCUGUCCAGGGACUUGGCCCGCAGCUGGAGGAGCUGAUGGUGGAGGGCUUCCUGCUUCAGGUCACGCUGCCUGAGACAGAGCAGCUUUACGCCUACUUGCUGAGCAAACUGGCCCCUGUGCCCGCUCACAGCGGCCCCUGCAGGACAAGCACAGACGAUGAGGAGCUCAAGACGGAGCGCACAAAACAUCACAAAAAGACUGCAAGCUGUGCUCACAGAAAAGAGUCCGGGAGCGUUCAUCGCAAAAGGACCAAGCGACGCAAGGAAAGCUCAGAGUCCCAGCACCCUGAGAAGGCCAAGAAGUGUUGCAAGAAGAAGUCUGUUAGGAGCAGUGAGAAGAUCAGGAGGAGCUGCUCUCCCACAAACCCAGCGUCAGAACCUGCUGCAUCCACGUCGGACUCUGACGAGGACUACUCCUUGUGUGCCGCGCCGUGGUGCAGGGAGCCGGAAGGAGACGAGGUAAACUGGGUCCAGUGCGACGGCAGCUGCAACCAGUGGUUCCACCAGGUGUGUGUGGGACUGUCUGCGGAGCGAGCGGAGAAGGAAGACUAUAUUUGCAUAAGCUGCACACAGCCAGACUUCCACAGGGGGCAGUGAAGAGCAAGAAGUGACGUUGAAGGAUCACACCUGAACUCUUUACCCUUUACUUGUGGCUUGCCCUUAGUGACCACGGUGCUAAUCACUGCUCUCCCACGUUGCAAAGUCUGACACCUGGCUGCUUGUCCACUUAGUCCUCACCCAAAACGUUCCACAACAAAUGUUUCCAGAAGCAAGAAGGCAGGGAUUUUUCAAUUCAAGUCACACUUUAGACCUUUUUUUUCCCCCUGGUGUCUGAAGGAUGUGGGCAUAGUUAACACAACAUCCUUUAUCAAAGCAAUAACUCAAUGAUUCUGCUUCCAUUCUAAGUGUGGAAGUGAAACCCUUGGAAAUCCACUUGAUGAAUUUGACCUUCAAAGUUGUCACCGAUGAAGAACGUGAAUGAAAUUGGCCCUCAGCCCUUUACACUUCUGACUUGACUUCAAGUCUGCAGGUUCCCUUUUUUCCAGCUCUCUGGGGAAAACAUGUUUUUGUCAGCGUUUAGUGAGACUUGAGGUUCACAAAGAGAGAAUGACCUGUCCGACAUUAAAGGAAUGUACAUUUUAUUUUUGGGUGUGCUUUCCCUCUGAGAGUUAGGUUGGACAGACUGUGUUGGAUUUAGAAUUUAACGCAGGUUGUGUGAUUUAUUUGCCACGGGUAUAUGACCUUUUUUCUGCUCUUUUGGUUAAAUAAUAUAAUAUGUUGCAGUUUGCGAUUUAAAAUAAAAAUGUU